AAAGUUUCCAAAUAGCUUUUGUCUGUUCCUUAUAAAUCCUACGUAACUACGGCUUUCCGAACCCAUAUUUAGAAUUUCCUCGAAAGAUUCCUCUUAUAAUCUUGCUUUAUAAUUUGCACGCUUGGAUUGAUUUCUUCUAUUUCGAUCCAAUUAUUUGUGCUUGCACUAACAGAGUAAUUUUUUUUGGUCUUGAUCUACUUGGAGGUGAGUAAACAGAAGUAAGCCAACAUGGAUUCUCAUCACGUUGAUCAUUAUGCUGUUCUUGGCUUACCCUCUGGUGAAGAAGGAUUCAAGCUUUCCCAAAAAGAGAUAUCCAAAGCUUACCGUUCUAAAGCAUUGGAAUUGCAUCCAGACAAGAGACUCGAUGAUCCAAAUGCCCACGCUAAUUUCCAAAAGCUGAAAACUUCAUAUGAGAUUCUUAUGGACAAGAAAGCUAGGAAACUAUUUGAUGAUCUUUUCAUGGUCAAACAUGAAAAGUCCAAACGCCAAUCUCACCAUGAUGCGAAGCGUAGGAGGAUGAUGGCAGACCUCGAUGCAAGAGAGCGCGCCGCCUCCCGAGCCAGAGAUGACGCGGCUAGAGCCCGAGAGGAGGAAGAGCGAAUCAGCAACAAACUCAAAGAGGAACUCGCGAGAAUCCGCGCAAUGCAGGCUUACAAAACCUGCACCUUAGAGAAACCUUGCAUGGGGGCUGUUAGUAUAGAUAAAGAGAAGGCACUUAAAGUCUCUUGGGAGAAAGGUUGUGUGGUGGGGUAUACUGCCCAGCAGUUGAUGGAGUUGUUUGGGGAGUUUGGUAAGGUGGAAGACGUUGUGAUAAAGAGUUCUAAGAGCAAAGGGUCAGCAAUUGUUGUAAUGGCGUCUAAAGACGCCAUUGAAUCGGUUUGCGGGGUUGUUUUGGGAGAUCUUUCUAAUCCUCUCUUAGUGGUGCCUCUCAUGCCAGUCAACAUGCCAACAGAUUCGUCUCCGUUUUCAUGUGCAUCAAGCAAACUAGGCCCCCACGAAUAUCAGGCAUUUGAAGAUUCAGUAUUGGAGAAACUGCGAAAGGCUGCCCAACGACAAAAAGAGUUAGACACCCAAUAGUUGUAAAGAGAACCAACCUUUAAUGCUUGUUUCUAGCUUGGCUUUUCUCCCUUCUGGC